AUGGCUGUCUCGUCGACGAAAUCUGGGGAAGUCGAGCCCACGGCGAGCCGGCGGCAUCCGCUUCAGCGAUUUGACUCUCCAUCCAAGGGAUUUUCGGGCGCGUUGCACAACUCCUCCUUCGGCUGGCACCUCCAAUUCCUAACCAUAAUCGGCCUCUCCCUCUCAACCCUAACCUUCCUCUUCGGCCUCAUCGCCGACCUGACCUCCACCGCCCUCUCCGUCUCCUCCACGCUCCCGUCAAACCCGCCUGCCGUCGCCCUCUCAGACCAUCUGUUCCGGCUAAAGAACUACCUUGCGCUCGUAGCCGCCCCGAUUGAAGCCACCAUCAGCAUUCUGUACUGGACGUUGAAGGCUAUUGAUGGGAAGCUUUUGGUGCAGCCGUACGUCGUCUCUUUCCUUACCCUCGAUUUCCGAGAUUUGGUGUUGUUCCCAUGA